UUCAUCCAUCAUCUCACCAUGCUCUGCUUAUAAGUCCGCUGGCUUGUCAAUUUUGAUAUUAGACUGAUCUCUAAAUCUGCUCGACUGGAACGCUGCAAUCGCUGCUCCUACGAUGCGAUCGUCAGGAGCCCUCGCGGCGGCACUUCUGGCAUGCACUUUGCUGUGCUCCACCUCGCCACUCUUGCUCGUUCAAGGCCGAGCUAUCAGCGCGCUCUCGGAUCUGCAAUCACAAGAGUCGUGCUCGCAGCGCUCCCGCGGACUGCAAGGCUUCGAUAAAGAAAGCGUGUACAGAUCAGCGCCUGCUCAGGCCCUCGGUCAUGAUGAUGGCAGGGGAGGACUGGACGUAGGCUGGGUCGAUCCAAGGGUCGGUGGAGGUAGCUGUCUCGAUCUGGUCGGCAAUGGCUUGCGAGAACCCAUCAAUGCCAUCAUCUCAGGCAAAUCGGAUGCGGCGGUGUUGAGCGAUGCAGGUUUGCGAGACUAUGUUCGCACGAUUGGCUUCUCUUUCGAAUGCUUGGAUCUGCAUCUUGGUGGUUUGCAGAGGGCAGAUCUCGGCGAUGGGCAAGGUUGGCAGACGGAGCUGUUCGAGUUCAGGCAGACACAGCUUCCUGGUGCGCCCGGCAGAUGGGUAGGAGCUUGCUGGGAGAGCUUGUACGGAGGCAACCACUUCAGAGCUUGGAAGCAGAACGGAACGCUGGCUGAUUCGGGCGCUUGGUUUUUGGCUGUAUCCAAAGAGAAGAAUCUCAAGUUUCAUCAUACAAUCGACAAGGAUGGAUACAAUGCGGGCAGGGACAUGCUGGUCGAAGCUGCACUCAAGGGGGGCAAAUGGAAGAUUUGGAAGUGGAGAGGGCAGGUAGAGUGGGUAGAAGGUCUCUUGGACGCAGGGCGACACGGUAUCAACCACAACGUGUCUCAGGAUGGAAGGGUAGCUGUGAUUACGGUGGAUAGAGUCAUCGACAUUGGCUUUGGCAUCCAUCCGAGCUUGUCACUUCAACUGCAGAGCUCGAGUCCGCUGUACGGUCUGCUCGAGUCUGUCUACUACGUGCUGGAUCGCGCCAUCUACCGAGUCGUAGGCUCGGUGUUGAACUGAGCGACCAAAGCGUGUAAUCCUUUGCAUCUCAAACAACGCCAACUCGGCCACAUUGUAGAGUCUUACUUUUGCUCAUUCGUGCCACACUUUGCUUCCUCACCCAUGUACAAGUACUGUUAGUCUCGGACCGCCCAUUGUGCAAUGGAUCUCACAUCAUGAAUGCGCCCACA